AUGGUGAGCCCAGCCAUGUUGAAGGGGAUGAACACAGAGGUGUACGGUGAGGGGCACCCCUUCGGCGACCCGUCGUGGUACCAAGCGUACAACACGCCCUACUACAACGACAGCCACAAGCAGUUCCGAAAGCUGAUGCGCGAGUACGUUGAUGAGCACAUCAUGAGCAACGUGCACGACUGGGACGAGAAGGGCGUCAUCCCCAAGGAGAUGUACCUGGAAGCCGGCAAGCAGGGCACACUGGCUCUGUGCAUCGGAAGGCCCUGGCCAGAGAAAUACUACGGAAAGGCCCCGUGGGGCUUCGAGCCGGACUAUUUCCAUGAGCUGAUCAUGCAUCCUGCUUGCAGUUGCACUUUGCGUAGUGGCCAGGCAACCGUGUUGUCCUCGUCAGUCGUCCCAAAGGCGUGCUGUCCAGCAGCAAGCAGUGAAGUCAGGUAUGACGAGAUGUCGCGGACUGGUAGUGUCGGAUUUCAGUGGGGCAUCGCUGGUGGUACCACGAUUGGACUGCCGCCGGUGUACCACCAUGGCAGCGAAGAGCUAAAGCAGCGCGUGGUCACUCCAUGCGUGAAGGGCGAGAAGGUUUGCUGUUUGGCCAUCACCGAGCCGACAGCCGGCAGUGAUGUGGCCAACUUGAAAUGCACUGCCAAGUUGGAGGGUGACCACUACAUCCUCAAUGGUGAAAAGAAGUGGAUCACCAACGGAAUCUUUGCAGACUAUUUCACUGUGGCCUGCCGAACAGGAAAGCCGGGCGUGGGAGGAAUCAGCUUGCUGCUUGUGGAGAAGGACAUGCCUGGAGUGGAGACGAGAAAGAUGAAGUGCUCCGGCGCGUGGUCGUCUGGUACCACGUACAUCACCUUCGACGAUGUCAAGGUGCCUAAGGGCAACCUUCUCGGCAAAGAGGGCAAGGGUUUCCAGUAUAUGAUGCAGAACUUUAACCACGAGCGUUUCGCUUUCUGUGCCAUGAGCACGCGCUUCGCCCGAGUUUGCUUGGAAGACUCCCUGAAGUUUGCCGGCAAGCGCAAGACCUUCGGCAAGACCCUGAUUCAGCACCCAGUGAUUCGCUGGAAGGUGGCGGAGAUGGCCCGCCAGAUUGAGGCAACGCAGAACUGGCUGGAGUGGAUCACCUUCCAGCUGAAUACAAUGCCGAAGAUCGAGGCUAUGCUGAAGCUGGGAGGGCACACUGCACUUUGCAAGGUGCAGUGCACCAAGGUGAUGGAAUACUGUGCACGAGAGGCCGCUCAGAUCUUUGGAGGCCUAUCGUACUCGCGAGGAGGCCAAGGAGAGAAGGUCGAGAGACUGAACCGGGAAGUGCGCGCCAUGGCCAUCCCAGGAGGCUCUGAAGAGAUCAUGCUGGACCUUGGGGUGAAGCAGUCCACAAAGCUUGCUCAGAUGGCGAAGAUGUUCGCGGAAGCCGCGCCGCAACCGGCGGCGGCAAAGCUCUAA